ACCACCAUAUUUCAUAGAGUAUUUGCUUUGGACACAACGCGAGUCCGCUUUUCAUAUCAGGGAGGUUUUGUUGGGCGGUUAAAGCGAGACACAAUCACGUCAAUAAUACGGGCAGUUGAGGCCGCCCCCUCACAGCGUUCAGGUGUGCGGUCGAUUGGGGUAGAUUACCUAGUCUUGCGUUAACUCGUCACUGUGAAUUGUAUCACCGCUAUACAGAAUCAUGGCUACAGAGGCCAGUAUGGAUGCUUCCGCCAAGAGUGCCCACUAUCUGCUCACAGCCAAUGAGAGGGAAUACCUGGCCAAGCUGUGCUGGCUGCUACACGACGCUGGCACACAUGCAUUGCGUGUGACGUUCGACACCAUUCACCCACCGCUCGUCCUCAAGGAACAUCUUAGCCAAACCCAUGUCAAGACAAUGCUUACAAAACUGCACCAACAGAAGGCCCUGACCGACAAACACUGGAAGACACUGUAUCCCAUAAAGAAGAGAGGCGUUACCUCACAAAGAUAUGACAGUCGGCUUCUAGCCAUUCUUCUGCAGACAGUAUGUCAUCUUUGUCCCCCCUACCCCCAUGGAUGGAACGCUUUACCCCUUGGAACAGACAGCAGUCUGAGUGCAGAUGUGGUACGGCUGUCCAUCCUGUUCCAGCAGAUCGGGAGUCUGGGCGGCGUCAGGGACGAGGAGUAUCCAGUGCUGUGGAAACAGAUCGGGGAGGUCCUGUUACGACUUGGAGGCCCUCCAGCUAGAAUAAAGAUCCAGAGAAUUGAUAACGAGAGUGUUCCUCCAGACCUUCAGAACCAUUACAUACAGCUGAUUAAAGAAAUAUGGACACUGGAUGAGAAGGGGAUGUUCAGUGCAAACCUGGAGGCUCUUUCACGUCACAGUCAGACAUCAUCAAAAUCUCCCAAGAAAAAAGGUUCGCGGGUGAAGAAAAAGGAAGAUGAAGGUAUACCCCCCGAAGACAAGCAUGUCAUUAUGAAAGUGUACAAGACUCUUGUCGACAGCAUCAUUGCCGAGGACAUCAUGGACCGUCUGCAGCAAGGCCAGAUAAUAAAGAUCAGUGACAGACAAGAGAUUAUGGCUCUCAGCAAAAACCAGGAGAGAAUGCAGCUGAUUCUUGACAAGAUCCUGGCCUCCAGAGUGAACUAUGCCUUUAAACUGCUCUGUGAUGCUCUGAAAUUCAAAUACCCGAAGGAAUAUGAAAUGGUUAUGAAGACGAGGAAGGCCACUUAUAAACAAGGCAUUGUUGAGACUGUCGACCUUGUGAGCGUGUGCCAGGAGGCUCUCUCUGCCAUGUACAAACUGGCCUUCUCCCGCUGUACACCAUUGCCAUGGAUGGAGUCUCUGCAUAUGAGUGUCCGGGACUUCUAUACUCCGGUUGAUAUUGUAGACAGUGAUGGGAAGAAACAACACUUGAGUGAUAUAUUUCCCACCCAGAACAAAUCGGGAAAGGGAAAAAGAAUUGUUCUAGAAGGAGCUCCUGGGAUUGGGCAGACAACUCUUGCAACGAUGCUUACACACAUGUGGGCCAACCAGAAGAACUACUUCAAGGUAAAAUACGAAUUUCUGGUUCACAUUGAUGCGCAUGCAAUUGGGGAAGAUUUCCACGACUCAGUCUACAAACAGGUCCUGCCAGAGAACACAAAACUGUCAGUCCAGGAGUUUUGGUCUUUGCUUGAAGCUAACGCAAGGGAUGUUGUGUUCCUGAUUGACGGAUUUGAUGAGGAUGUGCCAAGUCCUGAUCUUAAACAAAUAAUUCAAGGGACAAAGAUGAAGCUCUCUUCCGUGGUUCUGUUUGUUCAUCCUGAAAUCCACGUCCAUCGAUAUGUUACUGCAGAUGCCAAACUGUUCAACAUUGGCUUGAACUCUGGUAAUGUCUCAAGGUGUCUGAAGACGUAUGGAUACUUAAUGGAAAUGACUGCGGAGCAAUGUGAUGAAUUACUGGAGAUGGCACAAAACAAGGAAUGGACAUUCAGACACUUGCUAUCCUCACCUUUCAUUUGCCUAGCCACUAUUAUGGUGUAUAAAAUUUGCAAGGAACGCGAAAUUGUCAGCAUAUCUACCACAACGGAAUUGUUUGAACUCUUUGGUGAGGCUAUGGCGAAAGAUUUUUGUGGAAGACAAAAUAUUGAUGUUGUUGGAACGGAGUUUCCUGAUGAAGUUCUGAAAACCAUUGGUCAGUUGCAACAACUUGCCUUUGCUGCUGUUUGCGGCAAAAGGAGGAUCUUCACAGAUGGCGAGUUGAUCCAUGAAAGUCAAAACAUCCUGAUGACCAAAUUUGGCGUCCUUGUCAAAAAUGGACUCAGCAAUUGUUGGAAAAUGACAUGUUCUCUGCUGGCAGAUUUCCUCACCGCUCGGUACCUGGCAGACAUGCCAAUGGGGGAUCUAAGCGAGAUCAUUGCAGAACAGAAACUACUCAGUCGAGUAUGUUAUGCCAAUAUGAUCUCUUUCCUGUGUGGCUUGUUCAGGAACGACCAUGACACUCCAACUCUAGGGAAUAUCUUCACAGAAUUAAAAACUCACAACAUAAAACAAACAAGAGCGUUGAACAGAACAGGGCAUGGAAAACCAGUUGAUGGAGAAACGUCCACUACAAGUCACCUGACAUCUGGUUAUGUGACUGACUACUAUCAUAGUCUUCAAGGUCUUUCGGAAAGCGAGUGUCGAGACGAUGUUUUGACACAAGUUGUGGAAUCCAUGCCAAGCCAUUUGAUCAUCCGGAGAGAUGGAGCAAUCCCUCACACAUGUGUACACGGUCUCAGUGCUGUUCUUAUUAAUGAAUCGGUGAACAUCACACACAUUGAAAUCAACCUUCUUCCAGUGUACAUGUUGCAACCAGAUAUCUACUUAACACUUGCAGAAACAAUCGGAAACAGUCCUCGUGUAAGACGAUUAAGGGUGUUGUGGUAUGGGCUUGAAUUGAUGGCAAAGUUCCUCUCAAUCGCAACUCGUAAUGCACAAAGUCUACAGUCGUUGCAGAUUGAAGACUGUUCAAAGAAGGUAUGUACGCAGGUGACAGCAGAAACGUGGGCUGACCUCCAACAGUUUUGCAGCAAGCUGGAAAACAUAAAGAAAUUCAUUUUCCUGAACUGCAAGAUGGCGUCUGUUGUCUGCCAUGUUCUUCAUCAUCUGCCUGAGACACUGGAGGAGAUUGACUUUGCCGGGUGCGCCAUGAACCCAAUCUGUGCCGGCGAGGUUGCCACAAAGAUUGAGCACUCCAAAAAGCUUAAGAGGCUAAAUCUGAGCAGUACAAGGCUGGAGAGCUCUGACAUCAAGGCUCUAACAAAAGGUGUAAAACUGGGUGAAUCCUUGGAGGAGCUGAAUCUUGGUGGCACGCGUCUCGACAGAUCAGGUGUGGUGGCCCUGGCGGAGUCCAUCCGUAUGUCAAACACUCUCCAGUGUCUGGAUCUCAGCAACUCGGAGCUGACAACUGAGCUGUGCUUGAUAUUAGCUGGAGGUAUUGCAGAUUCACGAACAUUGACCAAACUGGUGGUUUCUUAUGCAAAGAUGACUUCAGAGGGUCGCCUUUUCAUCUCACAGGCCAAGGAAUCUGCGUUACAGAUUGUCGGGUUGAAAACAUUAAAAUAUAUCAGCCCUGUGUAACUUCAACGCUUGACAUUUCAAUCAUUUGCUUGGUCAAUGAAUGGCUACAGGUUUGGAGAUUCCAGAAACCUCAUCAAGAACCGCAAGACAGUGUCACUUUAUGGUCCUGGAAUAUCACUUCUCAGUAAUAUUGACAAUCCACAUGUCUCGAACGACUGAUUACGUAAUGAGUUGCCAUUAUUCCAUGUUGUAAAUUAAAGUUCAGUAGGCCAUGAUGUAAACCCAAACCUCAGAAUACUUUAAAGCAAUGUGACAGUAUUUGGUAUUUUAUAAAAAUGUCUCCUUUCCAUGUAAUGUCUUCUGGGUACAUACAAAGUUAAUUUUUAUAUGUUUCAUUGUUAAUUUGUCUAUUAUGAUGCCACUUGGUGCCAGUUUACCAUCAUUGCCUCAUUACAGGGAAUCCUCCCUUCCACUAGAAGCAGUUCAUAAGUUUGGUGUGCCAUAAACAUCUUACUUCUAACGCUGGGGUCGCUAUAUGGCCGAAAUAAUGCCGAUACGACCGUUAAAUGUUAAACUCACUCUCUCUAGAGGUUGUGAUUGGAGCAGGAGAAGGGCGGGGAUAUAUGUACAAGUUGCCAACUGAAAAAAAAACAAUUUCAGGGAAUUUACAGUUUCAGUUUCAGCCAGUGUAAUACAAUAUAUAUUUAUACAGGAUCACCACCGUAGGCACAGCGAUGGGAAACAGAAGAAAGAUCGUUGAAAAAACUUUGGUAUGUUGGUAUGGCUCUACAACUUGUUGUUGGUAACAUGUGUGCAUUGGAACACUAAGUUGUAUUUUUUCUGUAUUAAAAUGUCACCAUUUUAACAAUUACGUUGUGGAGCGGAUGUGGGUAUGUCUAAAAAUUAAGGAAUACAUGGAAGUUCUUUUAUAGAAACAUAUAACUUUUGAACUGCUUACACACAUCAUGACAAAACCAUAGUCUAUAUGUAGCUAGCAACAUAUUCUUUGUUUCUCUGGCCGUACAGCGGUUUUCUUAAUGUGUACGUUAGAUUUCAGCAGAUCUUAUGAUUUCAACCGAGAAGAAGAACCAUAAUCAAUAUUGCGAAUUUAAUAAGUAUGUCAACCCGUCACGUAUAUUUUUGGUAAAAGUGAUGUGAAAAUGAGGUCGAGCUUUAAGGUACUGUGCGAAACUGUUCAAAACGGAAACAGGGAUACUGUCUACGCAUGCACAACAAAGAAAACCCUGUUCCCCCAUAUUAGCUAUUUUGCGAUCAAAAAAGGAUACACAGUUAUGUUAUUAUAAGCACAUUUGGAGUAAAACGAUAUGAUUCUAUUUUUGACUUAGACUGAAUUUGAACAAAGCCCCAAUUUGAGACGUUAAUAGUCUUUACAAUACAUGUAUAAUUCAUGGCAACACAGAGUUGAAGAACCUGUUUCAAAGGAUGUGCAUAAUGUACAACGUCCGUCCAAUAAUGUAUUUAUUAUUAUUUACAUUAGUUAGUUAUAUAUUUUUUAUCAAUGUAUAUGUUUACAUCUGUUCUUAUGUUAACGGAUAAAAUCUACUAUUAUUUUCCUAA